AUGGACAAAAUCCUGGGUGCGCCACCGGUGCUGAAAGAGCCGGACUCAAAGAAGUAUACUCAGCUGCCGUACAAACCAAGCGCGAAAUUCGAAGAGACUCUCACGAGGAGAGACUUGAUGUGGUAUUCGCUGUUACCCGAGUAUUUCAUAGAUUCCUUUGAGAUGCUCGCGGACUAUUUUAUUAAGGCCUAUGCUGGGCCCAGAAAGAUACAGGCCCGAAAGGCCUACAUAUUCAGAAUUGCACAAGGAGAGUCUGAGUUGCUACGGGAAUUCGUCAUCGGGUUCCAAAAGGAGAGGAUGUUGCUCUCGGAUGUUCCGGAUGAAUGGGCGGCUGGAGCAUUCACCAAGGGUCUGAAUCUGAGAAGCUCUGACGCUUCCCGGAAAUUGAAGGAAAGCUUGCUUGAGUUCCAAGCCGAAGGAUGCGACAGAGGUUUUCCGUCGGCAGACAGGUUCGUUACCGACAGAAGAACUGAUCGCGAUCAGAACAACAGAUCCUUGCAGGACAAAGAAACAUCAGGUACACGGGAUCCUUCCUACCCCAGGCUGUCAGAAUACAAAUUCAACGUCAGUAUAGUGGAGUUGGUAUCAGCUAUGGGAAACACUAAAGAAGCAUGGUUCCCUAAGCUGAUGAGGUCCGAUCCCAGCCAAAGGGAUCCCAAUUUGUGGUGCGAGUACCACAGCACGAAUGGCCACCGGACUGGGGAUUGCCGUCAUCUGCGUGAAGAAGUGGAGACACUAUUGAAAAAUAGCCAUCUCAAGGAAUUCUUAAGUGACUGGGCCAAGAAUAAUUAUGGUCGCAACUGUGAUAAUGCGGAGCCCUCGAAAGCAGGAGAAGAUCCCCCGCGCUAG